UUUUAAACAAAAAAGUUGCUUUCACUUUCUGUUCCAGCUUUCUGUUUAGUCCUCUGCAUCCCACAUCCAUGGACGUGGAAAUCUAUCACUUCAAGAAAUGGACAAAUUAUGUAUUUUGGUACCAGAAUCGCUGUUUUGAAAUCAAGGGCCUGUGGCUUCACUAUUACUGGGACACGGAUGACAUUGGCAACGUCAUACGUGGCAGCAUGAAUCUCAAGAACGCCACAGCAUGGAGGAUCAGUGAGAAAAAUCUGCAUUUGUCUAGCCAUAAUUUAAUAUACUACCUCAAGUCAGGCAGUGAGAAGGUCAUGGAUAUCUUUGUCAGGAGGCUUAAGGAAUUAAAUGUCAUCAUCACUGACAGCUAGUGGAGAAGCAUCUUUUGCCUAACAAUGUGUUAAUUUUUUUUUCAUUGUGAAAAAAUAUUUUCAUUAGAAAGGCUAUAUGUAUAUCCAUUGCCAGUGACUCCUCCAACUGUGGAAAUAUUAAAGUAUUUUAAAUUGUCUGUUGUUGCACAGUUAAAAGAAAAUAUUACCUAUCUUGUGCUGCUUGUUUGCAAGAUAGCGAUGAAACAUCACGACGUGUGUUGGAACAUUUAGGAUCUGAACUACAAGAAAAUGUCUUCAGCUUUGAAAAUGUAAUAUUAUUUGCAGCUGAUGAUGCCAACAUUGCCUUUGGAGAAACUCUGUGUAGGUGUUAUUGGAAAGCAGGCCUGAACUCACAUUGUGUAGGCAAUGCAAAAUACAAAAAGGUUACUAUUUGAGUUUGAAUGU